CUCCUGAGAAGGAAGGAGUGCAGCUCUUGGCACCAAUUGGCUAAUUCAAUUUACUUCAACAGCAUUAACCUCUGUCAGAAUAUUCAUGAGCAGGAGAAUGAGAAGCUGUGGCACAAGCAGACAGAAUACACUUAGAGAAAGAGUGUGUGAGUGAGCAAGGUCCCUGCACCAAACUACCGUAUAAUAUCGAUCCGCAGGCUCCACAGCCUCUGUCACUGAACACUUACGAGACAAACAUACAUACACAGAGGAUUGUAGCGGAUUCCAGAGCAGUGGGCAGCAGAAAAGCAUCAACGGCACAAAUCUGGUCCAGCACACACGCUGGGGACGCAGGUAGAUUUAUUGGAUCACUUAAAAUCCAUCAAGGGAAAGGAAGACAUGCCGCAGCUGAACAAACCGACGAAGUGAAAUUAAGCAGGUGCAGACUAGAGGUUUACUAGAAAAGCAACUGAUAGACAAACAGCAGAGGGAUCCUAAGUGGACUAGAAUUCCUGAAGAAUUUUUGACAAAGGAGAAAAAAGGUACCUACGGCUAGGACGUAAAACCGAAUCCGCUCAUCACUACUUCAAAGCUGAUAAAGAUCAAACAUCCUUUUACUACGUGUUAUAUUUAUUUCACUUCAAUACUGCAUUUCUCUUGCCAAUUAAAAAUAAAUAAGAACAAAGUUCAAAAGGAUGCGGCAUAUGAAGAACCUUCAUAAACAAGGAUUUUACAUUUAUUACAUGGUGCUGCUGGACUUAACCAAUGGAGUUUGGGGAUUUUCAAGCCAGUUUAUCAGAGAACAGGAUGACAGAUCUGAGACCAAACAGUUUCUUCAUAAUCGACUGAAGAGAAGCUGGGUAUGGAACCAAUUCUUUGUUUUGGAAGAGUACACCGGAACAGACCCCCUGUAUGUUGGCAAGCUUCAUUCAGAUAUGGAUGAAGGAGAUGGCUCAAUCAAAUACAUUCUCUCUGGUGAUGGGGCAGGAACCACAUUUACAAUUGAUGAUACUACAGGUGACAUCCAUGCAAUACAAAGACUGGAUAGGGAAGAGAGGUCUCAGUAUACCCUCAGAGCCCAAGCUCUUGACAGAAGGACUAACAGGCCCAUGGAGCCAGAGUCUGAAUUUAUAAUAAAAAUCCAAGAUAUAAAUGACAAUGAACCCAAGUUCCUUGAUGGCCCAUAUACAACAUCUGUACCAGAGAUGUCACCAGUUGGUACCUCUAUUAUCCAGGUGUCAGCAACAGAUGCAGACGAUCCUACUUAUGGAAGCAGUGCAAGGGUUAUGUACAGUAUUCUGCAAGGACAGCCAUAUUUUUCUGUGGACUCUAAAACAGGCAUAAUUAGAACUGCUUUAACAAACAUGGACAGAGAAGCAAGAGAUUAUUAUGAAGUGAUUAUUCAGGCCAAAGACAUGGGUGGACAGCUGGGAGGAUUAGCUGGAACAACCACUGUUAACAUCACUCUCAGUGAUGUGAAUGACAAUCCCCCACGAUUUCCUCAAAAACACUACCAAAUGAAUGUGCUGGAAUUAUCUCCUGUAAAUUCCACUGUUGGGAGAGUUCUGGCAAUGGAUCUGGAUGAAGGAGUCAAUGCAGAGAUGAAAUACACCAUUAUAGAUGGAGAUGGAAUUGACAUGUUUGAUGUAACAACAGAUCCCACAUAUCAAGUUGGAGUAAUCACAGUAAAAAAGCCAUUGGAUUUUGAAAGCAAGAAGAGUUACACACUAAAAAUUGAAGGUUCAAAUCCACAUAUUGAAGUACGAUUUUUUAACCUGGGUCCGUUUCGUGAUACCACCACCGUGCACAUUAGUGUAGAAGAUGCGGAUGAACCUCCGGUGUUUGAAUCUAGCUAUUAUUUUGUGGAAGUCUCUGAAAAUGUGGACAUUGGGACUACAAUACAGAUUGUUUCUGCCAAGGACCCUGAUGCAACCAACAACUCAGUCAGGUAUUCCAUUGACAGAGACAGUGAUCCUGGGCGAUAUUUCUAUGUUGACAUAACCACAGGAGCAUUGAUGACAGCUAGGCCUCUGGACAGGGAAGACGUGUCUUGGCAUAAUAUCACUAUUUUAGCAAUGGAGAUGAAUAAUCCAGCACAGAUUGGAAGUGUUCCAGUUGCAAUCAAAAUAUUAGAUGUCAAUGACAAUGCUCCUGUAUUCACCAAAUUCUAUGAAACCUUCAUGUGUGAAAAUGCUAAAGCUGGACAGCUGAUUCAGACUGUAAGCGCAAUAGACCAAGACGAUCCACCAGAAGGUCAUCAUAUAUACUACAGCCUGGCUCCUGAGGCAGCUAAUAACCCAAACUUCACAUUAAGAGAUAACCAAGAUAACACGGCUUGGAUCUUAACUCGAAAAUCUGGCUUCAAACAAGCAGACCAGAGCACCUUUUACAUCCCCAUCUUAGUAGCGGACAACGGACAGCCCAUGCUGAGUAGCACUGGCACUCUGACAAUACAAGUCUGCAGCUGUGAUCAAGAUGGUGAUAUUAUGUCUUGCAGUGCUGAACCGUAUACAUUACCCAUAAGCCUCAGCAGAGGCGCACUCAUUGCUAUUCUUGCCUGCAUUUUUGUAUUACUGGUACUUGUCCUGCUUAUUUUAUCAAUGAGAAGACACAGAAAGCAGCCAUACACCAUUGAUGAGGAAGACAAUGUUCAUGAAAACAUUGUUAGAUAUGAUGAUGAAGGAGGUGGAGAAGAAGACACAGAAGCUUUUGACAUUUCAGCUUUGUGGAAUUCACGGGAGGUACAUGUUGGAAAAAGCAGGCAGGACAUGCAGCCAGAGAUUGAAAGCCUGUCACGUUACGUACCUCAGUCGUGUAUGAUGGACAAUAAUGUUCACAACUACAUGUUGGCUAAGCUCUUUGAAGCAGAUACAGACGUUUGUGCACCUCCAUUUGACUCUCUUCAGACAUAUAUGUUUGAGGGUGAGGGAUCAGUGGCUCAGUCUUUAAGCUCAUUACAGUCAUUUAGUACAGACUCAGAUCAGAACUAUGACUACCUUACCGACUGGGGACCAAGGUUUAAGAAGCUUGCGGAGAUGUAUGGUACCAAGGAAAGCAAUGCAUCUUUGUGAUACAGAAGGAAAAUUGAGUCAUUUUAUGCAGGGCAAUGAGCCCCACCUAAUCUGGAACCAUUUUCUUUAGGGAUUUCAGCAUAAAAGGAAAAGAAAGAUGACAGAAUCACUAGACUUUGAUGGAAACAUAAAAGGAUAUUACCAUGCUAUGGAUCAGCAUCAUUUGCUCUACAUGUAUAAACAUUAUACUAUGAUUAUUGUUAAUAGUGGGAAGAAGAUAAAAAUGUUUCUUGAAUUCAAAGGACUUUUAAGUCCCAGAGUAAUAUGACAUAUAUUUUUAUACAACACUUGUAUCUUUACAUCUCCUUCCAAGCAUACAGAACAAAAGGGGGCAAUUAACUAAUGUAAAAUAUUCUCUUUCUCUCUUAAUUUAUAAAUUCUCACUUCUUUCAGAAAUAUGAAAUAGUAAAAGAUAACACUGUGUUAAAUAGAUUGCAAUUGCCAAUGUUUGAUCUCAUAAUUUUUCUUCAGUUAUUAUGAGAUCUUUAAUAGUCAAUGAAUGAACGUAAUAAUACUAACAUUCUUCUUUUUAGUUAAUGUAACUGUUUUAUUAUUUCUGCUGUAAUAUGGUGGCACUUAUUGAGAUGAAACUGGCCAAACUACAAGUGAUUGCACAGGAUGUGUCACUACCAUGUGCCAAAUGCAAAAACUGGAUUCUAUACUCGAAAGCCAAACCGUAACUUAAGGCGUACAUUCUGUACCCAAACUUUAACUGGCUCUCCCUGUAUAUUUUCCAUCAAAUUAACCCAAGCAAUGUUUACAUACAUGUAUUAGUUGAAAAAUUGAAGUAGCCAAAAAAAAAAGAAAAAAAAAAGAUUUAAGUUAAGUUUUGUACAUUUGUCAAUAAUUUUGGUAAUAAAUAUGAUGUACUGAAUGUCCAGUACUUUAGCACUUCUUUAAUAAAAAGUUGAACCUAAA